CUUAAUCCGGGAUCCCAGCAUCCUCCCUCUCAGCCCCCGCAACCUGUCACCAAGUCGUCGAUCGAACCGGAGAGGUGCCUCCGGUUUCUCAAAGCCAUAUUCCUUUAAGAUGAUGUAAUACUCAUUUCCCUGGAUGGUUUCUUCCCUGCACUGCUGAAACAACAGCAUCUGAACUGCACUGGGAUCCGUGGCACCACCCAGAUCAGCGAUCAGCCAACAGCCAGAGCCACGGAAGCAGUCCGAACAGCCGAGCCAGUCCGGUACCCCGGCUUCGCCGGGCAGGGUGACAGUUACUGCAGCCCGACCCUCACGUCGCCUCUCCAGAAUCAUGGCAACCUGGCUGCCCUUGCCGGCAGGUAGGAUGACACGCCGGGAUCCCAUCGGCGCUCGUCCAUCCACUGGGGCGUCUCUGCCAAUUUUUUAAGUCUGCAACUCUCCCGUGUUCUGAAGGAUCUUCAUUUUUUUUAUCUUUUUUGUGCGUGUAUCCGUGUGUGUAUGGAUGCGUACGGUGGGGGAGGGCGUAAGGGGGCUUCGUUCAACAUUGUAUUUUUUUUCGCUUUUUCUCAUUCCCCUCCACCGUUAACUUUCUGGGACAUGCUUUGACUUGCGACCCGGAGUGGGUUUUUCUAAGAAGACAACUUCUGGCACUUUUCAUAGCGAUUUCUGUUCUUCUCCUGGCUGGGAUUUGCCAAGAAGCAGACUCCGUGGGGCCAUGUAUCCUGAUGGCUGGUCAAAUGGAUUUUCUCUCACAAGACCCGGGGCUUAAACUGUCACCGAGACAGACCUGUGAAUAAUUGUAGUCUUGGCUUGACCUUGCAGUCUGGGCUGGAUGGAAGAUACGAUGUAGAUGAGUUGAUUACAUUUCCUGAAGUAAUCGGACCCCGCCGGGCAGGGUUUGAGCCACUUUUGCGCGAUCGGCGAUCCGUGCUUCUGGGGACCAUCCUGCUUUUUAGAAAUUUUUCAUUUUCGGGAACCCUGACUGGAGAAGGAGGGGGAAGUUCCCCUCGGAGCCGAGGGGUCUUUAUUUCCGUGCUAACAGCCGAUGCGAGAGAUCGGACCGAGAUCCGCUGGGAUUGCGCCUCUUUUUUUUAAGGGACGAUGGCUUUGAGUGGCAACUGCCGGACUUCUCUCCCACCCAGGGAUCUGGGGAUCCUGCCCAGCUCCUUCCCCGAUGUCGUGGAACUGAACGUAGGGGGCCAGGUUUACUUCACCCGACAUUCCACGUUGACCGGCAUCCCCCACUCCUUCCUCUGGAAAAUGUUCUCUCCCAAGAGGGACCUGGCCAACGACCUAGCCAAGGACUGCAAGGGAAGGUUCUUCAUCGACCGUGACGGGUUCCUGUUCCGUUACAUCCUGGACUAUCUCAGGGACAAGCAAGUUGUCCUGCCCGACCACUUCCCCGAGCGGGGGAGGCUGAAGAGGGAGGCAGAGUAUUUCCAGCUGCCGGAUCUAGUCCGACUCUUGACUCCGGAGGAGGUCAGGCAGAGCCCGGAUGACUACUGCCACAGCGAUUUCGAGGAGGGCUCCCAGGGCAGCGACACCCGAAUCUGCGCCCCGUCGUCCCUGCUCCCCGCGGACCGCAAGUGGGGCUUCAUCACCGUCGGCUACCGGGGGUCGUGCCUCGUGGGCCGAGAGAGUCAGACCGACGCCAAGUUCCGCAGGGUCCCCAGGAUUUUGGUCUGCGGGAGGAUCGCCCUGGCGAAAGAGGUCUUCGGAGAAACGUUAAAUGAGAGCAGAGAUCCGGACCGAGCUCCGGAGAGGUACACCUCCAGGUUCUAUCUCAAGUUCAAGCACCUGGAAAGGGCUUUCGAUAUGUUGUCUGAGUGCGGAUUCCACAUGGUGGCCUGUAAUUCCUCGGUCACGGCCUCUCUGGUCAGUCAGUAUACCGACGACAAGGUCUGGUCCAGCUACACCGAAUACGUCUUCUACCGGGAACCUUCGAGGUGGUCCUCCUCACACUGCCACUGCUGCUGCAAGAACAUGAAAGGCGAUAAAGGUGGGGAGAGUGGCACGUCAUGCAACGAGCUCUCCACCUCCAGCUGCGACAGCCAGUCGGAAGCCAGCUCCCCGCAGGAGACGGUCAUCUGCGGUCCGGUGACCCGCCAGUCCAACAUUCAGACUCUGGACAGACCCUCCAAGAAAGGCCCCGUGCAGCUGGUCCAGCAGUCCGAGAUGCGGCGGAAAAGCGACCUCCUCCGGACUCUGACCACGGGCUCCCGGGAGUCCAACGUGAGCAAAAAAAAAUCCGCCAAGGAAAAGCUGUCCAUUGAGGAGGAGCUGGAAAAGUGCAUCCAGGAUUUUCUCAAGAUCAAAAUCCCCGACAGGUUCCCCGAGAGGAAGCACCCUUGGCAGUCGGAACUCUUACGGAAGUACCACCUAUAGGAGAGGGGCAGGGUAGGAGGGGGCAGGGGGCGGCGCUCAGCCGCCUUAUUGCCGUUUCCAAAUAAAUGACCUUGAUGGGGAUAUGCAUCUUUUAAAAGGAAACGAAUGAUUUGGUAGGUCAUGACAGUCCAUUGGUAUAGUACAGCCUGAUUUGCCUAGCUCACUUUGACAUUUCUAGCCACAGGGUAAAUGUUUUUUUCCAGAUGUGGAAGCACAAUGAAAAUGAUUUCAUCCAUAGGCGCUCACUCCACAGAGUACUUACCCGUGGAAAGGCACAGGGAUGAAAACCUACAGAACUGGUGCCCCACCAGUCCAGCUUGGGGGGGAGAGGGCUUCUUUUCCUAAAUGUCUGAGUCCACCAAGAGGGGAAUUACUAAAGAGCAGGGGUCUUCAAACUGCAUGUCUCUGUAUUAUGCGUUUUUUUUUCUUUUUGAUGUGUUGAAGGAGCUGGGUUGAGUCACAGGACUCUUCAACACUCUCUGCCCGGUCAGGUUAUUUGGACUUGUAGAGAAACUUCCCGGGAGCAUCAAGCAUCAAGGGGAUGGAAGAGACCAUGAGGGGAGUCAUCACCUCCAUCCUCUUGCCUCCAGGCAGGUACACACCCAAACCAGGCCUGGAGAAAAAUUUGCUUACCGAUCCGUGGGGCGUAACUAGGUUCUGCAACCACUCAUUGUCUGAUGAUUAUUUUUUAACCUCCUAAAUUCCCCAGACUCCAGUGCAAACCUUUUCCUCCCGGUCUCUCCUCUGUGGGGAGAGAACCAGUGGUCACCCUUCCCAGUGUAUGAGUCUUUCUCAUGGAUAAAGACCCUCAUUUGUCCAUGGCCAAUUUCCCAUCCCUUUACUCAGCUGAGCCUCUCCAAAUGCUCCCUAGCCUCCUUUAAGUGAGGGGCCCGAGGCUGGGUGGGGUGGACUUUGGGGGCGGUCCACGUGGAUGGACCACAUGGUUCCUGUGAACUGCAUCCCCUCCAUAUAUGAAACAGCCCCCUGAUGGCUUUACUAAAGCAGGACAUUGCUGGUUCUGGUCAGCUUCGCCUGCUCUGUCCAUGGGAUUCCUCACUUGCUCUAAGAAUGAUGACUCCAACCCAGGAAUGCUAGCUGCCCUGGGAAUGUGGAGGAUGAGUCUUCUCACAUUCUUGCUGCUUUUCCCUCUUACUUAGGCUCUUAAAUGCAUUUCGUGGCAGGGGUGGUCCUGGCACAAACUCGUGGUCAGCAGUUCAGACUGGGGAACACAUUCUUUGCUUUAGAGAGACACAUAUGCACAUUCACUGUGCACCCUUUAAAUUGCUCUUCCAUUUUCCCCUUUUCUGCCCCCCCGCUGAGGUUUUAACCAUCCCCAUUAUGAGAGGGGUGGGUGAGAGGGAGGGAGAGAGGUCCCAGAAUCUAAGGGAGCCAAGUAGCAAGUAUCGCCCAGACCCGAUGAGAGUCACCACUCAUUAGGUCCUUCCAGGUCUGGCUGAGAAGCACAUUUGGGUCAAAACCAAAAGGCCAAUGGAGAUUCCUGCCCCCUUCCCAUUCUGACCCAAUUUAAAGGAAGCGUAAAGAUAAUGGGACACAUUUUGGCCUCUGACUGGCAGGAAAUGGGGUGCCAGAAUGAAGAGGCAGCCUACCAAUCUGGCUACAUGUACGGAAAUAUUGGAAAUAAUCUAUAUGUGACAUAAAGCCAACGUGCUCACCCUUGUAGUGGGUGGAAGGCUCUGUGGGAUCACAACCACAAAGAGCUUCAGAGAACCCCGGUAGGGUGCUGAGGAAAAAAAAAAUGUCCCUAAAUUCUAAAGCCUAAACAACCCACUUCUUGGGGAGGCCGUGACUUAUUUUUGUGGCAGAUAAGGCCAUGAGGACCCCAUCCUCAGGUUGUGCACUUUCUCCUUCCCUCUUGAAGACUCUGAGAUCAGAGAAAAAGAAGAGGGGGGACCAAGGGUUCCAGCCUUCUGGGACAUCUGUAGUACAAAUCCCAGAAUGCUUGGGCAUCUAAACUGAGCAUGGACUUGAUUGAACAUGCUCUAGCUAAGAGCAGGAGGCCUAACUAUUUAAAGUAAAGUGAAUGACAACAGUGGGUGGUACAAGGUAAGCUGAUCCGGUUGGCCUGGGAGAGACCCAGUUCCAGGACGUAGUCGUAUUUGCUAAGUGCUUACUUUGUGCCAAGCACUGGACUAAGUAAUGACAUAGACACAAGAUA